UAGAACAACGUAGAAAAUUUUAGCCAACCUUCCAUUUUUAAUGAACCUCCACCACUCGGCUCGACGUCUCAGCCCCUUCCCUCUUCCCACUCUCUCGUUAGAUGCCUCAGGUGGAGCUCGAGAAACUCGUCUGCGUUGGAGACCGGAAGGUCUCCUGCGAGACCCUGGUCGACGCCACCGGCGGUGGAGAGCUCCGGCCGGAUCGGCCUCCGGCGGCGGUGGAGGAACCGGGUAUCCCGGCGGAGUCCUCCGAGGUUCCGAUCCGGCGCGAGAUUGGGAGGGCGGGCCGGAGCGCGGUCUACGAUCGGGAGGACUCCACCACAGGCAGCACUAAUCCCAAGUCCAGCAACGCCAGCCGGAGGGGAGCGGCGGCCUCGAAUUCCCAGCUCUUUUCCGCGAAUCUCAAGGCGAAGCCCCCCAUCAUCGGCCUCCCCGGCAAGCUCCAGCACUCUGGCUACGACGGCCGGGGCGCCCGCCGGCCGCCGCACGUCCGGAUCUUCCCGAAGAAGGCCAGGAGGGCCGAAGGAGGCGGCGGUCGGAAAUCGGCGGUGCCGGAGUUGGAGCCGGGGUCGCCCAAGGUGUCGUGCUUCGGGAAGGUGUUGCCGAAUAGGGAGCGGGAGCGGCGCCGUCGGGAGGGGCAAACUGCGGCGGAACGGAAUUGGGAGGGGAGGGGAUCAUGCUGGGCGGGCUUUGCGGCGAUUUUCCGGUGCGGCGGGGGACGUCAGACGGCGGAGGAGGAGGAGGAGGUGGUGGUGGUGGUGGAGAAAAAGAUCUCCGUGCUGUCGAGGAAUAUUCCGGCGCUGGCCGGGAGUGUACCAGAAUCGUCGGCGGAGGCGGAUGCACCGGUUCUGGGAGAGAUGAGGCGGUUCGUGUCGGGGCGGAGGUCGGCGUCGUGGGGAGCGGAGGCGGAGGUGGGACCGGGGGCAAAGACCGAUCGGGUGGGGGUGUGGGGCCGGCGGUCGGUGGUUUCGGUGGAGCAUGGGGAGCGAGGGCGGGAGUAG